AUGUACUUCUCCAGAUGUAUCACCAACAAGUUGUUAGUUUCAGCUACAACUUUUUCUGCAACAUGCAUGGCCAUUCUCAUGGCUUUGAUCAUGUUAUCAUCAGUAACAACAGCCAAUUCGCAAACCUAUUCAUUCAAUAAGGAUAUGGACUACUUUUCAUCGAAUUAUGUUGAAGCUUAUCAAAAGUUUAAACAAGUUUGUGAAGCAACAGGUGGUUACAAGUACUCAGAGUAUGAGCUUCCUUCCAUUCUUGGUCUUCAAGGUGAAAAAUUGUACAUGUCUGCAUGCUUCCAUGAAGAACGUGCCAACAUGUUGAAGAAUAGUGCUGAAUCCAAUGUUUUCCUUACCUUCUCAGGUGUACAUGGACAAGAGGGAUUUGCAGGAAGUCCAAUUCAGAUUGCCAUGAUAAAGAAUGACACCAAGUAUCAAUUCAAUCUCCCUGAAAAUACCUAUCCUAUUCACAUUCACAUGUUAAAUCCAUAUGGAGCCAGUUAUGCAACAAAGGAAAAUGAAAACAAUGUCGACAUGUUGAAGAAUUUGAAUGAACAUUACAUUGAUGUACCUGGUUGGGAAAUUUCAAAGAAUGUUUUAUUGGAACAAUUCAUUGAUAAUAUGAAUAUUUCAUAUAUUCACUUGGAAUCUGUUCAAGCACAAGCAGUCAACUACUUUAACACCCUAUUGGCAAAAGUUGGUCUUCCAGCAUUCACACAAUCAUCAGUCCUUGGACAAAUUCACAGAAAAAUUGGAAUUGCCUACGCAGGAACUACAGAAGAAUGGACAGCCAAGCAAGUUAAAAUCAUUUUGAAUCAACUCUUGAAAGGCUACUCCUCCGAAUAUACCAAGAGUAGAAAGGUUUUAUAUAUUGACUUGCACACUGCUGUUGGUGAGUAUGGAAAUGUGUAUGCCAUGUUCGAUCCUGAAUGGAUUCCAUUCGCUAAACAAUACCUCCUCAAGAAUGAAUACAUUCACGACAAUUUAUUUCCAUUUCCGAAUGGUAAAUAUUUUGGACAUUUCAUUAAGGAGUUGGCCCUAAUGAGUGGAAGCAAGGCCAAUUUAACUAUUGUUCCAACUGCUUGGGAAAUUGGUACAUUCCCACAAGAUGCCUAUCAAAAUUACUUUUUAUUUCAAUUGAAUUGUAGAUUCUAUCAAAAUAUAACUGAUAGAAAUCCAAACUUUUGUCCAUUUGUGAAUUCCAAAGUUGGUGAAUAUUUCUAUCCUCAAGAUGACAAUUGGAAGUCUUGGGCCUUUGGAAAUUUGACAAUUGCAAUGAGAAGUUCAAUGAAUGGAAUGAAUCAAUGGAUUUUGGAAGAAAAGUGGAGAGUUGCAAGUUUGGCAAAUUGUAAUAUUAUGCAAUCAUUCAUGGUUAUUGUAAUGAUUAUUUGUUUGAUUGUUUUAUUGUAA